AUUGUAAAAAUUAAUAAGACUAACUAAAUUAACAAAUUCAGUUAGAUAAAGGCAUCGACUGUUUUGAGCUGAGCAACCUACUGAAAAAUGAGGUGCACAACCGCCGCCGCCGCCGCCGUAGAUCCGGCGCUGCUCAGUUCAGCAGCCUCCAUUUCCGCUGGCAGGGAGCUCAAGAUCUCGGUGAAAAGCUCGCCGGCAGUCAAGUUCGCCGCGAAAAGGCUCACUGUAUCCUGUGCUGCGGCUUCUUCACCUUCUCAACUCGGGAGGCGAGCGCUAAUGUAUAUGGCAGCGACGUCGUUUCUGGUGCCCUUCCCCAAUCCCUCCUUUGCUACUGAUGAAGCAUCCCUGUUGCAAGAAGAGAUCAGGAAGGUAUUAACCAAGACUAAGGCUCCUGGUUUCCUUCGUUUAGUUUUUCAUGAUGCUGGAACUUUCGACGAGGGUGAUAAAACAGGUGGCAUGAAUGGAUCGAUAGUUUAUGAACUCGAGAGACCUGAAAACGCAGGUCUUCAGAAGACACUGAAGAUUCUGGAGAAAGUAAAAGAUCAGAUGGAAUCAGUACGCCCAGUAUCCUGGGCAGACCUGAUAGCUAUGGCUGGAGCAGAGGCUGUUUUGAUAUGUGGAGGUCCAGAUAUUCCUGUCCGACUGGGAAGAGUAGAUGCAACGGUACCUGAUCCCACAGGGAAGCUUCCUGAAGAAACGCUCGAUGCAAAGGCCAUGAAGCAGAGUUUUCAAAAGAAAGGCUUCUCAGCCCAGGAGCUCGUUGCUCUAUCCGGAGCUCACACUUUAGGGACCAAAGGAUUCGGAAGUCCAGUAGUAUUUGACAACUCUUAUUACAAGAUUCUUGUGAAGAAGCCAUGGUCAUCUUCAGGUGGCAUGUCCAGCAUGAUUGGCCUUCCCUCAGACAAGGCACUAGCCGACGAUGAUGAAUGCAACAGAUGGAUCUCAAAGUAUGCAGAGGAUCAGAGCCUAUUCUUCGAAGAUUUCAAGAAAGCCUACACCAAACUAGUGAACACCGGUGCAAAAUGGAGCUCCGCGUGAGCUGAGAAAGAGCUAGCACUGGUCCGUCAUCACGCCUGGUUUAACUUAUUAAGAGAUGUAUUCGAAUACCAACAUAUAGUAGACGAAUGAAAUGCGCGUUCAUGUCCCACCAACGUGCAGUACUAGCAGAUGAGUAAGUCGAAUCGACACGAUCUCUCUUCAAUCUAUCAUGAAUUAUAUAAGAUGCAUGUUGUAGAUGAGCAUGAGCAGACCCCCACCCUUCAAAGAAUGGUUGAAACAUCAUCUUGAGGGCCCUUAUUUCCCUCUCUGUCUAGACAGUUGCAUUUAAGUCUUAGUGUCUUUCUAUGAUUUUUGAACUUUGAAGACCCCUCUGAUGGCCCUCUUGCAUAUCUCUUGGUGUUUUGGACCACUGGUUAGAGAGAGAGAGAGAGAGAGAUGGCUUUCCUUCUAUUGUGGUGAAGUUGCUGUGAAAUGCAAGAGGAUUUAACUCUAUGUUGAGUCAAUUCGGAUAUGAAUAUUGAAUACUACUAAUAAUUCAGUGACAGAGGUAUAACGUGAAGACAAAUAUUGUCUGUUAUUGAAAA